AUGGCACCAACUACUAAACCCAAAGUCCACAAACACAAGCGAGGUGCGAGAAGGAGGACUCGCGCUAUUCGCACUCGUGAUGGACAUGCACGUUCGGUAGAUGCAGGCUCGUCAGUCCAACCGCUUGCCGAAGUGCUCAACGAGACGAAGCGUCGUAAACGCAAGAAAAAGCGGGCACCCCUCAUUCCUGUCUCUGAUGAUCCAUUCGAGAAGAACAUUGUUGAGAAAGUACCCUUGCCGGAUGGCUACGUUCUAGUUCCCAAAGGUGAUGUCUACAUCACCCGACACUGCCGCAGCAAGACCAAGGAGUCUGGGAAAAUUGUCUAUGUUGUCUACAACCGCGCGGGCAAAAGAACAAUAGGAAUCCGAGUUCCUGAAGAGAUUUACACGGAGGUUCUCGAAUCAGCCGCUGCAACAAAAGAAUCGCGUGCCAAUGCCGUGCAAGUGCGCGAUGCCAAGGAUCUCUCCAAAUUCCGAGAACUCCUGAGAACCGAAUUCCCGCUUAUGCCGAAAGAAAGCCUCGAAAUCAUCCUGGGACAUGCCUGCCUCAAGGGCUCGGGCCGUGUAGGGCGAACGACGAUGAUCAGUGAUGAGCGAAAGACACUCUUGGCUGUUGAGGCGCAUAUUCGACAUGUUCAUACACCUUAUGAGAAGUUGCUCGAGGAAGGAGGCAAUCGGAAGGCUGCUCGUGAUCAGGUCUGGCCUACUAUCCAGGCUAUUGAACGGACUUGGCAGGGAUCCAAGGAGAGUCAGACUACACUAGCGUUGCGUCCGGCAGAUCUGUGA